UAUAAUGUCAGAUUUACACUGCCCUUUGUCUGUGCAACAAAGACUGUAAGUCUUUUACAUAUCUCUUGAAAUAUCACAUGCAGGUUAUUGAGCUGUGUCGAUGUUUAAAUGUACCUCAGCCCUCCCAAACGGGUUUGAAAACCAUUGUCACCCAAUCAGGGACCCUCUUUCUUACAGCUAUAUGAUCAUGUCAUAGGUUUUCUAUACCUCCCUCUUCCUCGAACCAUUUUUAAACUCUCACUGACUUUCGCUUGACUAAAUGAGUAAGCAAGUUUCGACUUUCAGAAUGAUCAGCAAGCUGGACAGGUGAGUGAAAACAAAACAAGUGAGAGUGAGAGACAAGGGGCAUUUUUUUAGAUUUCACUUUUUUUUUUUUUUUUUUGAAAUGAUAAUACUUAUAAUAGCUUUAUUAAUUGAGGAAUAAAUUGAUUCUUUGAUGUCAUUCAGUUGAUGCACUUUAAUGUCGUGCAGGUGCAUUGACCUGUUUAUAGAUUUUCUCCAGUUUCAGAAGUUGUAGAUUGAAACUGACAGUUAUUGGUCUGUGAGUGAUUGUGGGAAUAAUUGGGUGCACGUGGCUCUGAGUCUAUAUUUAAAUGCACAUGGUCAAGAACUUAACUCAAGUCUUAACUCAACCGAACACUGACGACUGCAGGGCGUCCUAGCGGUGCAGAACAAUGUGAUCGUUACAGAAUGCUGUAGACACACAGUGUGCUCAUGACCCAGAAGAAAUUUAUCUUCCAUUAUAAAAAUGUGCGCUGGGCCCGAGGGAGACACGAGACGUACCUUUGUUUUGUUGUAAAGAGACGCACCGGCCCUGAUUCCCUCUCUUUUGACUUUGGACACCUGCGCAAUCGUACCGGCUGCCAUGUAGAGCUACUCUUUCUACGUCACUUGGGUGCGUUGUGUCCGGGGCUGUGGGGAUCCAAUGUGGACGGUGUGAGAAUGUGUUACGCAGUGACCUGGUUCUGCUCCUGGUCACCCUGCUCUAAGUGCGCUGAACAACUUGCCCACUUCCUGUCGCAGACACCCAAUCUCCGUCUGAGAAUCUUCGUGUCACGCCUUUACUUCUGUGAUGAAGAGGACAGCCAGGAAAGGGAAGGACUGCGACACCUGAAGAGGGCAGGAGUGCAGAUCUCUGUGAUGACUUAUAAAGACUAUUUCUACUGCUGGCAAACAUUUGUGGCACGGAGGGAGAGGAGGUUUAAAGCCUGGGAUGACCUUCACCAAAACUCUGUCCGACUCGAUCGAAAACUCAAUCGGAUCCUGCAGCCGUGCGAGACUGAAGAUCUGAGGGACGGUUUCGCUCUCCUCGGGCUAUGAUCACAAAUAUGAGAUUUGCAAAUCAAUGAACACUGAGAGAUGAACUGAAUGGGAUUAAAAGAAAUGGUGCUGUAGACCUGAGACUUGAAUCCUGUGACUUGAAUCUGACUUGAUUCUUAUCUAGUACUGUAUUGUAUGUAGCAUUAAUGUGAUUAUGUUGGAAGUCAAAAUAAAAGCUGUUAUUUGACACUG